AUGGCACAGACUACCACUCCUGAAGGCAUUGGCCAAUUCACGCACAUCUUCCGGGCCGAGGGCUUCGGCGCCAAGCAGACAUGCCGGCAGUGCAGAUCUCGCAAGGUCCGCUGCGAUGGGAAUCGUGACGGCUGCGGGCACUGCAGCCGUCUGGGCUUCGACUGCUCCUUCAAGGCGCGAGAGACGGGCGCGGGCCUGCACACGCCAGAGUCGCGCGGCUCGGCCGACCACCCGGAGACGGCCGAAUCGUCGCGGCCGCCGAAGCGCCGGGUGACCAGGGCGUGUGUGCGUUGCCGGCAGCAGAAGAUCCGCUGCACGGGGACCCUGCCGAGCUGCAUCAACUGCGUGCGCCGCAACCAGCAGUGCCAGUACGCGGCGCCCAAGAGGCCGCUGCGCGACCCGCUCGACCCGACGAGCCCGACGGGGGACUAUCCUCUCACCAUGGCCCCUGCGCCGUGGAACCCGCCGCCCGAAACGGCAUGUCUCUGCCGAGAGACCGUACGCCUAGUCCUGCAAGACAUUGGCGAGAAGAGCCCGCCGAAUCCGGAGACGACGACGCUCAUGUCGCAGCUGAGAGCGGAUUUAUCUGACAAGAUCGAGGCCUACUUCCAGAGUCUCUACCCGCUUCCGUCCUAUACGUUUCUACACCCGGGCACGAUAAAGGUUAGGCUUCACGAGGGCACGCUGGACAAAGCACUCAUCCUCAGUCUCUACGGGACCAGCGUCCUCCAUACUAGAACGGGCCUGAACGCGGCACCGAGCUGUGCCUGCAGGGGCUACAGCUGGAUCAAGGAGGCAGAGGAGAUUCUGUGGCAGCAGCUGGAGCGCCCGACGAUUUCCCGAAUGCAGGCUCUGCUCCUCGUCAUACUCUACCGCAUGGAGACGGGUCACUUUCAGCGCGCGUUCAUGCUUACCGGCAUCGCCGCGCGAGAGGGCCUAGCCAUGCGUCUCAACGUCGAACGGCCGGACCUCCCAGACAUCCCCCGCGAGACGAGGAGGAGGAUGGCAUGGGCCCUGAAGCUGAUCGAGCGGUACUUCUCCAUCGGCGUGGCAGAGUUCCAGGCCUACCCCCUCGGCGUGCUGCGCACCAACCGGCCCGGCCACGAGGAAGACUUUGGCUGCAUCGGCGCGGAGGGCUCCCCGACGGGCGAGGAGGGCGACGGCGGGUCCUUCAACCUGCUAGUCGAGACGGAUCAGGCCCGCGGAACCGUCUGGGGCGUAGCCAAGCAGCUCCCGCAGUGCGAGGACCCGCUGAAGGUCAUGGCGGAGCAGGAGGAGACGACCGUGAACAACCUCGCGCGCAUCCAGAGCCGGUUCGUCUGCGGGCCCGACCUCACGCCGGCGAAGCUCGUCACGAUGCUGCACUCGCGCUGGCUGCCGCGGCACAUCCUGGUCUACCUGUCGUGGCACCAGACCUACUGCGACCUGUACCGGCUCUACGUGGUCGGCCUGCCGGAGGCGGCGCCCAAGGCCGUGCUCGACGCCGUGGACCCGGCCCUGCUCGCGCGCGCCGAGUCGCUCUGCCACGAGCACGCGGCGGCCAUCAUCCAGAUCCUCACGUCGCUGAACCAGCUGAGCACGACGUCGCAGCCGCUCGAGUUCGACACGGCCAUCUGCGCCUACCACGCGACGCGCAUCGUGCUCUUCAUCUCGCGCUUCGGCCGGCAGCCGAACCGGUACGGGCCGGACUUUGCGCUCAGCCGCGCCGACCUGUGCCUCGCGGCGCUGCGGCGCUUCUUCCCGGCCUCGGUGCUCGUGCGGCCCAUCAUCAACGAGCUGGAGCGCAUGGUGCGCAUAUUCUCGGCCCGGACGGGCGUCGCGCCGCAGCCGCAGGACGCGGCGCAGGGCAGGCCCGCGCCCAAGAUCCAGGAGGACGACGUGCGGCACAAGCUGGCGAUCCACAGCCUGCUCAGGCAGGCCGACUUCUCGGACGACGAGGAGGAGUCGUCGCCGGCGACCACGGCGGAUACGCCACGGACGGCUCUGUCCCAGCAGCAGCAGCGGCUGUCGCAGCAGUCGCCGCCGCAGCACCAGCACCAGCAGGAACACGCUGCCGCCAUGCCCGUGGGGGGCGGAGAUGGCCCCGUGGCUGACAGCAUCACCGUCAUGGGCAGCGGGACGGCGGGGCCAGAGGACACACUCCUGCAUGCCGGAGAGCUGACGGCUACGAAUUACGAGUUCGAACUACCCGACGCCCAGGGCUGGAGCGAGUUUGACAAUCUGCCGCCCGAGCAGACGGAGCUGCUGCAGUUCCCUCUAUUUCCCUGGAAUGGCUGGCAGGGGCAGCAGGAUCAGGACUGGACAUUUGGCAGCGGCAUGUGA